CCCUUCCCGCGUGCGCCCCGUCGGGGUGAGCUCAGCGCCCGUCCCCCCGCGGAGCGGCGGGUGCCGAAGAGGCUCAGCCCCCUCGGAGGCGCCUAUAAAGCAUCUCCGAGCGGCAGCUCCGGGCAGAGGGGCCAUGGCCACGGCCACGAGCGCGGGGAGCCCCGACGGGGCGGCCGCGGGGCCGGCGCUGCUGCUGGCGCUCGGGGCCCUCGUGCUGCUCGCCGUGACCCGGCGCCGCGGCGGGACAAAGCGCGGGGGCCGGCGGAGCCCCCCGGGGCCCUUCGCUUGGCCGCUGGUGGGCAACGCGCUGCAGCUGGGCCGCCUGCCCCACCUGGCUUUCGGGCGGAUGGCGCGGCGCUACGGUGCCGUCUUCCAGCUGCGGUUGGGCCACCAGCGCGUGGUGGUGCUCAACGGCGAGGCCGUCAUCCGGCGGGCGCUGGUGGGCUUGGGAGCCCGUUUCGCCGGGCGCCCCGAUUUCCCAUCCUUCGAGCUGGUGUCCGGAGGGCGCAGCGUGGCUUUCGGGUCCUGCUCGCCCCGGUGGAGGGCGCGCCGGCGCCUGGCCCACGCCGCCCUGCGCGCCCGCUCCACGGCGGCCGAGGUGGAGCGGCACGUGGCGGCCGAGGCGGGGGACCUCGUCCGGCUCUUCCUGCGCCACAGCCAGGACGGAGCCUACUUCGAGCCCUCGCGGCUGUUGGUGGUGGCCAGCGCCAACGUCAUCUGCGCCCUCUGCUUCGGCCGCCGCUACAGCCACGCCGACAGCGAGUUCGCGGCUCUGCUGGGGCGCAACGACCGCUUCGGGCAGACGGUGGGCGCGGGCAGCGUGGUGGACGUGCUGCCCUGGCUCCUGCGCUUCCCCAACCCGGUGCGCAGUGUAUUCCGCGACUUCCAGGCCCUCAACCGGGAGCUGCACGGCUUCGUGUGUGCCAAGGUAGCGCAGCACCGACAGACCUUCGACCCACGCAUCCUCCGUGACGUCAGUGAUGCCAUGAUUGCCGCCGUGGAGCGCAGUGACAGAGUCCCUGAGGGGCUGGGACCUGAGGAUGUGGAUGGUGCCAUGACCGACAUCUUCGGCGCUGGGCAGGACACCACAUCCACGGCACUUUCGUGGGUCCUCCUGCUGCUGCUGAAGCACCCGCAGCUCCAGCGGGACAUCCAGGCAGAGCUGGACCGGGUGGUGGGACGUUCUCGGUUGCCUACGGCCGAGGACCGGCCAUGUCUGCCCCUCCUGGAUGCCUUCAUCUACGAGACACUGCGCUACAGCAGCUUCGUGCCCAUCACCAUCCCACACGCUACCACAGAUGACGUGGAGCUCGAGGGCUUCCACAUCCCCAAGGGCACCGUGGUUUUCAUCAACCAGUGGUCGGUCAACCACGACUGCAGCAAGUGGCCCGACCCCCAACGCUUCGACCCCAGGCGCUUCUUGGACGCGCAGCAGCGCCUGGACCGCGACCGGGCCGGCAGCGUCAUGAUCUUCUCAACUGGGCAGCGGCGCUGCAUCGGAGACCAGCUCGCCAAGCUCCAGCUCUUCCUCUUCACCGCCAUCCUUCUCCACCAGUGCUCCUUUCUCACCAACCCAGCGGAGAACCUUACCAUGGACUGCAUCCACGGGCUGGCGCUGAAGCCGCGGCCCUUCGCCAUCACCGUGCGGCAGAGGCAGCCGGCGCUCAUCCAGCCCUGACGCUGCCGGCAGUGGUGCUGGGGCCACCCAUGCCGUACCCUUGGCUUGGAGCUCCCUGGGCCGAGGGGUGUGAGAUGGAUCCCGCUUUGCCCACAGGGGGAUCUUGCCACGGCGCGUUCCCGCAGCAAUAAAAGCCUUUGACACAGGACCCGGCUCCACUCCU